AUGUAUCCAGCUUUAAAAUUAUACUUUGACACUCAGGAUAAAUGCCCAACCCUUUUAAAAUCAUUUUUAAGUGACCCCGUUGCAAUAAUAUGGUUUCAUUUUAUACAAAGGCAAUUAAAAAUUGUUUGUGACACUAUAAAAAGAAUAGAAGGGGACAACAUAUCUGCAUGUGAAGUAUCAGAAGAACUAGAAGCAUUAUGUGGAAAAAUAAAAAAUAGAAAAACACAAAACUUUUUAACUUCCGGUGUAAACUCGAUGAUUUUAGAACUAGAGACAAAAAAUAAAUACACAAAAAAACAAUUUAUUGAGCAAACUAACCAGUUUUAUGACACAUUUUUAUUUUAUAUUGAAAAGUGGGGAAAUUCAUUUGAAGAACUAAAAAUAUUUCGUUGGACACAAUUGAUAAAUUGUCCAACAUGGAAUGAUAUUCAAAAAAGUUUAACAUUUAUUUUGCAAAAUAAUAAACAAACCGGUUGGAAUGUGGAUGAAGAUAUUCUUUUUGACGAAAAAAGUCGCUUUCUUGUUCCUACUAUCAAAUCAAUUAUAAUUUUGAAAAAUCAUUUCAAAAAAUAUUCGUGUAAUGAUUUUUAUGAUUUUUUGCUAACACAACCAAAACUGUUAAACGCAAUCAGUUCAUCGCAAAAGUACAGUAACGACACAUUUGAUAAUAAAGGACAUGAUGAGCAAUCGACAUCAACCCAAUAA